AUGGCUCUGCCUGCAGGAGCCACCAUUCGCGUCACCCGCCUCUCUUCCCUUCCCCGUCAAUCGACGGUCACGGAUUUGGUUCUCUCGUAUAUCGAAGCCAAUCUGAACUCCUCCCCGGCUUUCACUUUCUGUGUGUGUCCAGACACUUCUGUCGCCCCUGCGACCCCCUUCCGCAUUGCCGUUGAGACCAGAAAAGGGGAGGAGGCCUCCCCCAUUGCGGCUGGUGAGCCACUGUCUGAUUAUGCGGCAGCGCGUUGCCUCGCGCGCCUAGCAGCCUCAGCUGGCGGGCCGUUUGCAUCCUUGUUGCAGGGAUCAGGCGGCUCCGUGGAGAAUGUGGAAGCGGCUGUCGACGUGUGUGAGCAAUGGGCGGCCUUCUACGUAACUGAGGGCCGAGGCAAAAAGGUGGACGCACCCGCAGAGCAAUCUGGACUGGCAGCGUGUGGUGAUUACUUCGCCCGUCUCUUUGCGUCGUCGUCGUCGUCGUUCCUCUUCGACGGCGCGCAGCCGUCGCUGGCGGACAUGGCGCUGUUCGCGCUCGCUGCGCAGUCUGCGGCUCAGGCCGCACUCUCGUCUGGCCUCCGCAGCGCGGGCGAGGCGGCGCUGAAACGCUUCGCUUGCUGGUCCGCUGCCAUGACGAAGGCGAUCCCCGGAGCGGGCGCCGCAUCGGCUGCCGUGAGCGGAGGCUGCAGCGGGUGCGCGAAAGGCAAGGGAGACAAGGCGAGCCAAGGCGGGCGGGGAGGCGCCGAGGGCGCGCAGUCCGCCGACGGUCCGGAUGCGACGGGAUCCGUGAACUUCCUGAAGCAAAUCGUGGAGGACGACCUUCGCACCGGGAAGCACAAAACCAUCGUCACGCGUUUCCCCCCGGAGCCGAACGGCUUCCUCCACUUGGGGCACGCAAAGAGCGUCUGCGUCAACUUCGGCUUGGCCAAGGCCUUCGGAGGCAGGUGUCAUUUGCGGUUCGACGACACCAACCCCAUGAAGGAGGAGAUGCGGUACAUUGAGUCGAUUCAGAGGGACGUCAGGUGGCUUGGCGGUGACUGGGGCAGCCACCUCUACUACGCCAGCGACUACUUUGAGCAGCUAUAUGAGUGGGCUGAGCUGCUGAUCAAGAAGGGCCUUGCCUUUGUUGACGAUGACUCCUUGGAGGAUAUCCGAAGGAAGCGUGGAUCUAUCACGCAGCCGGGAGAGAACAGCUCGUUCCGCGAUCGAUCAAUUCAAGAGAACCUUGAUCUCUUCAGGAGAAUGCGCGCUGGAGAAUUCGAAGAGGGUGCACGGGUGCUUCGUGCAAAGAUCGACAUGGCGCACAGCAACAUGAACAUGCGCGACCCAAUCCUCUAUCGUAUUCUCAAGAAGGAACAUCCCCGUACAGGCGACAAGUGGGUGAUCUACCCCAUGUACGACUACGCACACGGCCAGAGUGACUCCAUCGAGAACAUUUCCCACUCCAUUUGCACCUUGGAGUUCGAGCUGCAUCGGCCUCUGUACGACUGGUUCCAGGAGAAACUGGAGAUCAAGCGCACCAGGCAGAUCGAAUUCGCGCGUCUCAACGUCACCUACACUGUGAUGAGCAAGCGCAAGCUCCUGGCGCUAGUGAAUGAGAACUGGGUUCAGGGAUGGGAUGACCCGCGUCUGCCGACGCUGUCCGGUCUCCGCCGAAGAGGUGUUCCCCCCAGUGCGCUCCGCGACUUCUGCGAGAAAGUCGGUGUCGCUCGGCGCGAGAGCACCAUCAAGGUGGAGGUCCUGGAGAAGUGCAUCAGGGACGCGCUGCAUCCAGUAGCUCAUCGCCGCUUUGCUAUCCAAGAUCCGAUCGCAGUGACGAUCACAAACUUCGAGGGCAAGGACGAAGUCCUCACAGCCGCAAACCACCCCGAAGACGAGUCUUUCGGAACGCGCGAACUCCAUUUCGGCCGCAAGCUGUACAUCGACCGCGAGGAUUUCAUGGAGAAUCCGCCAGUGGGUUACCACCGCCUGGCACCAGGUGCUGAGGUUCGCCUGAAGCAUGCCUACUGGAUCAAGUGCACGGAUGUUGUCAAGGACGCGAGCGGUCGCGUGACGGAACUCCUAUGCACGUAUGACCAGCAGACGAAGAACUGCUCAGCUGCACCAGAUGGCCGCAAAGUGAAGGGCACCAUCCACUGGCUCGCGGAAACGGACGCCGUGCCGGCGGAGAUUAGAAUCUUUGGUCGGCUGUUCAACAAGUCGAACCCUGACGAGGAAGACGAGAGCAAGCCAGAAGCGAGCUGGCGUGACAACAUCAACAAGGAGUCGUUGAAGGUCUACAAGGGCUUUGUGGAGAAGUCAGCGACUGACCCGAAGUUGUUCCCGCCUCAGUCGUCGCUGCAGUUCGAGCGUCUGGGAUUCUUCACGCCCGACGCGUCGACUUUCCCCGAGGUUGCUGAAAAAGCGGAGACGCCAGAUGUGCCUGUGUUCAACCUGACAGUGUCUCUCCAGGAGGGCUUCACCGCCACGGAGGAUUCGGAGAAAGACAAGGCGAAACAGCAGGACAAACUGGCCAGGGAGAAAGCUGCUCUCGAACGCCAGAAAAAGAAGGAAGAGAAAGAGGCAAGGAGAAAGCUCAAGGAGCAGCAGAAGGCGUAA